AUGGCGACGACGGCGCUCCUGCGCGCGUCCGGCGCGUGCGCGCGACGCGGUCGACGCAUCGCCGCGUCCGCGCGCGCGGCGUCGUCCGCGUCCUCGACCGCGCGGUCCACGCGCGCGGUCCCGCUCGUCGUCGUCGUCGUCGGCAAGGGCGGCGGCGCGAAAGUCGACGACGCGGUCGACGAGUACGCGCGGCGGUGCGCGCGCUACGCGCCGUUCGAGGAGAAGACGGUGAAACAAAACCCGAAGAACGUCAAGGAUACCGAGCUGCAGAAGGUUCACGAGGGCGAGCGGGUGAUGCGGGCGAUCACGGCGCGGGAUUACGUCGUGCUGCUGGACGAGCGCGGGCGGGACGCGUCGAGCGAGGAGGUGGCGGAAUUGGUGGCGAGGAUCGGGGACGAGGGCUACGAGCGAGGGGUGUUCGUUUUGGGUGGGCCGUUCGGACACGGGAAAGACGUGAUCGAUCGAGCGAACGAGAGCCUGCGGUUGUCGAAGAUGGUGCUGAAUCAUCAAGUGGCGAGGUUGGUGGUGACGGAGGCGUUGUAUCGAGCGCACACGAUUUUACGCGGCGAACCGUAUCAUCACUAG